UGUGCACCGGCAACAAAGUUCAACAGAGAGCGGCGCAAUGGCGGGCGGCGGUGGUUCGUCGCCGGCAAGGCUAGCUCUGCUGCUGAUGGCGGUGGCGGUCGUGGGUGGCGGCGGCAAGGUGGUGCAGGUGGAGGAGGCGCACCGGCGGAGCAUGCUGGCCAAUGGCCUCGGCUCGGCCCCUCCCAUGGGGUGGAACAGCUGGAACCACUUCCAGUGCGACGGCAACGGCGAGGUGGUCAUCAGGGAGACCGCUGACGCACUCGUGUCGACUGGACUCGCUGCUCUCGGCUACAGAUACGUCAACAUCGAUGAUUGCUGGGCAGAGCCAAAACGUGAUGCUAAGGGGAAUCUGGUGGCCAACACCAAGACGUUCCCGCAGGGGAUCAAGGCGCUGGCGGAUUACGUCCACAGCAAGGGGCUCAAGCUCGGGAUCUACUCCGACGCCGGGUGAGAUUCAAGACAACCCUGCUUCUGCUUCUGCUUGCCCACACCACUCGGGGGAACAAAUUGUCUCUGCAGGUUCCAGACCUGCGCCAAGGUGCAGCCCGGGUCCCUCGGCCACGAGGAGCAGGACGCCAAGACCUUCGCGGCAUGGGGAAGAUCAUGUGAUUUGUGAUGUGUUCAUUGGCAUCACGCAGGGAGUGGAUUACCUCAAGUACGACAACUGCAACAACGGCGACCUCAAGCCGCUGGAGAGGUACCCGGAGAUGAGCAGAGCACUGAUGAAGGUGGGGCGGCCGAUCUACUUCUCCCUCUGCGAAUGGGGCGACAUGCACCCGGCGAAGUGGGGCGCGGCCUACGGCAACAGCUGGAGGACCACCAACGACAUCGCCGACACUUGGGACAGCAUGAUCGCCACGGCGGACCAGAACGAGGUGUGGGCGGAGUACGCGCGCCCCGGCGGCUGGAACGAUCCGGACAUGCUGGAGGUGGGCAACGGGGGCAUGACCAACAGCGAGUACGUCGUGCACUUCAGCCUCUGGGCGAUCUCCAAGGCGCCUCUCAUCAUCGGCUGCGACGUGAGGCACAUGUCGCAGGAGACGUACGACAUCCUGGCGAACAAGGAGGUGAUCGCCGUCAACCAAGACCCGCUGGGCGUGCCGGGGAAGAAGGUUCGGAUGGAGGGCAGCAGCGAGAUCUGGGCGGCGCCGCUCUCCGAGUACCGGACGGCGGUGGUGCUCCUGAACCGGCACGCCAAGGACCAGGCCACCAUCACCGCGCACUGGGACGACAUCGGCCUCCCCGCCGGCACGCCCGUCGAGGCCACGGACCUCUGGCUGCACGAGACGGUGGACGCCACGUUCACGGACACGAUGAGCUUCGACGUCGCGCCGCACUCGUGCAGGAUGUUCGUGCUCAAGCCCAACAUCCACAUCCGGUGAACUAGCUACACCGCGCCGGCCGGGGCGCGCGCGUACGUACGGCUCUUCAUGGCGACGACAUCACCACCGGUGAUACCAUACCUGCAGGCGAUUCACUUGCACUGCAGGCUGAUUGCAUACACAUGGGUGGAAUCAAAAUCAAUCACCAAGAGUGUUUUACUGUUCCUUUUGUUGUUGUGCCCGUGCACGCAUUUGUGUUUUCUCUGAAUGGGGAAAAAGAUGCUCUCGA